AUGGAAGCUCCUAAAAUUAUAGUGGCUGUUAGAAAAAGACCAUUAUCGAAAAAAGAGGUAAAGGAAGGUCAAAAAGAUAUUGUAGAAGUUUAGGGAAAUACAGUAAUCUUGCGUGAACCUAGAGUCAAAGUAGAUUUAACUAGGUUUAUGGAAGAGUUCACUUUCAAUUUUGAUGCAGCAAUUGAUCAGUUUUGUAGUAAUGAAGAACUUUAUAAAUCUCUUGUUUAACCUAUGGUACAAGCCGCGAUUAAUGGAACUAAGAUCACAUGUUUUGCUUAUGGUUAAACAGGGUCAGGGAAAACUUACACAAUGCUAGGAGAUCAGAAUGUAGUUGGGAUAUAUACUUUAGCAGCUUUUGAUCUAUUUUAAAUGGUUCCUAAUUCCAUUAGUAUAAGUGUCUCUUUUUAUGAAAUAUAUUGCUCUAAGUUAUUCGAUCUUUUAAAUGAUCGUUAACAAUUAGUGGCCAGAGAAGAUGCGAAAGGCUAAGUCAUCAUUGCAGGAUUAUCAGAAUGCAAAGUCAAUCAUGUCCAAGAAUUCUUAAAGACUGUGGAUAUGGGAAUCAAGAGUAGAGUUACAGCGUAGAAUAGUGUGAAUCAGGACUCUUCAAGAUCACAUGCUAUUUUGUAAAUUAAUCUGAGAUAAUCAAAUAAGAUGAUUGGGAAGUUAUCAUUCAUCGAUUUGGCAGGAAGUGAAAGAGGGGCAGAUGUUGUAGAGCAUCAUAGACAAACCAGGAUUGAUGGAGCUGAGAUCAAUAAGUCUCUCUUGGCUCUUAAAGAGUGCAUCCGAGCCUUGGAUCUGAAUAAAAAUCACACUCCUUUUAGAGGCUCCAAAUUAACUUAGGUUCUUAAGGACUCUUUUACUGGGAAUUGUAGAACUCUUAUGAUUGGAACUAUAUCUUCUUGUCAUAAGGAUGCUGAGCAUAGUUUGAAUACAUUGAGAUAUGCAGAUAGAGUUAAGGAAUUACGAACACCACAAUCUUCCAAUGCUGCUGAUUAAUUGGCUAGAGAGUUGAUGCUUCCAAGAUAAUACAAUUUGAAUAAUCAAUUUUUUGAUGGACCUUCUGCUCCCAGAUCGAUUUCACCUCCUAAAUUAUUUGAACUCGAUGAAAAAGAGGAAGAUGAAAUCAUCUAUCAUGAGCCAAAUAAGAACCUUAAUCUGAAGGAUAAACACGAAGAAUUAAUCUAAAAAAUAUUGAAAGAAGAAAGAGCCUUAAAAACUGCUCAUCGAGAUCACAUCGAUGAUUUGGUGGACCUAACUAAGGAAGACAUGAAACUGUUAUAGAUGUACAACCAACCUAAUUCUAUUGUGGAGGAUUAUGUUGAUGAAUUAGACAGAGUGCUCUCUCUCAAAAUUGGCUUAAUUAAAAAACUGAAAUCAAGACUCUAGCAAUUUAAAUAACACCUAAUGGAUGAACAAGAUUUGUCACUCUAAUGCCAAACACAUUUCUACUAGAAACAACACUAAAACUGA